UAAGAUUUUUCCAAUCAUUCUGGUGUCUUUGCCCAAAGAAUAUUUAGAAAAUGUCUCGUUUCGCAGUCCUCCUAUUCUGUAUUCAGGCUCUCCUUAUUCAGGCCGUUCUGAGCCAGUCAUGCGGUUGUAACCAGCAAUACUCAUAUGGUUCUUCCGGACUGAGCUCACAAAGUUACGGCUCGUACGGCGGUUCCGGUACCGGGCAGGUGGGCGUGUCCGGCAACAUCGACGCGUGCGGCAACACCUGCGUGGUCGGCUCCGUGCCCGUGCUCGGCUCCGUGGACUUCGGCGGCUGCGUGCCCGCCUGCGGCUCCGUGUCCAUCAAGGGACAGUGCGGAUGCGGAUGCAAUUAAUUUGAUUGUUGAACAAUAAGAAUAUGUAUUAAAAUACGUUUUAUUGAA